AACAUGUCUCUCGCCCCUUCGCCCUCUGCCAGUCGUGGCGAACUCGUUCUUCAGCCAGCCUACUUCACCUCGUCGCUCUUCGUCGAACCUUUCCGCGCCGACGUACAAAGUCUCAUCGACCUCUUUGUUUCCGGCUACACACAGGCACCGAAGCCGUUCGAGUUCUUCAAGCAGCUAUGGACGGAACGUGGAUGGAUUUGGUUUCAUCUGAAGGUAUUCGAUGCGCGCACGCGGGAGACAUUUUUGCGUGUAACUUGCAGACUUUUCGUUGAGAAAUUGGUUGGGACGGAGCCACCUUUGCAUAGAGUGGUCGCGCUUUUCGCGCUCUACACCUUUUUCCUCACGCAGCCGUCAGAAACCCAUCCUCCUUUACACUCGAUCAAUCACAUAGAAAUUGCCAUCGACACGUACACCGAACUUCUCAGUCUACCGACCACCCUCACCGACUCACUCGCAUCACUUGCUCCCUACGUCGUCCACACGCUAUCCGAACUCCUCUCGAAAGAAGUCUUCCACAUCCUACCCCACUCGUCCCUCGGUCCCUACAAUCCACGCACCCUCCCGCGCGAGGUCUUCGUUCCGGAUGGGGUCAACACGCUCGAGCUCGGUCCACAAGCCAGUACUUCGAAAGCAGGUCAGAAAGCAGGCGCGAAGAAAGGACGGCCGUCAAAGAACGAGAAGCUGAAGAAGGCACGAGACGCGGUAGUAGGGCUCGAGAAGUGGCUGGACAAGACAGGGCAUGACGUAGAUGGGGUAGAGGGCCAAUCGCCAGCAACAACACACGUCCUGAUCUCGAACGCCCCGAGCACGUCGCGCACGACCUAUCAAACGCAGAAGAAGGAGCUGCUGGACGGGAUACUUUCUGAUUCGGAUGGUUGGAACGAGGGAGAGCAGGCUUUGAAUCGGGCAAACAUGGCGGUACUGGGGCGAUUAAAAGAGAUCGAUAGGCGAGCAGCAGAGAGGGGUCUGGAGGUCGGGGGAGAAGGCGGAGAGAGCACAGGGUUGGGAAGAGUCGAAAAAGCUGCAGAGGAACUGGGCACGAGCGAGAGGAGGGCUAAAGGCGGGAUUCUGGGGUUGUUAGAAGGGGGUGGUCUGGCAGAUAGCUGAGAGAAUAUAUUGUGCGCUAUUUCUUUCGGCUGCUGUGUUGUGGUCGCUGUACGCGUCGACGGUCGGAGGCAACGGGGUGCGUGGAAAGCCGCCGAUGCUUGGCAUGGCGGGGGAUGGCUUAUGUAAUGAUCGCGUUGUUGUGCGUUUCCAAAACGGGGCCUGGAGAUCACACCGUACUUCUCGCCCCCGACUCGACGUCGACUUGUCCUUCUCCUCAUCCUCCUCCUCCCGCCUUGUCAACGACCCCCUCUCCGUCCUCACUACUCAAGCCGCUACAGGCAGCUAGUCCACUCUUUGCCCUUUUUCUUCGCUUUUUCUUCGCUUUUUCCCCGCCAUGGCGGCCCCAGAGAUGCGGUACUACCCCGCCGCGAAUACCCCCUCGACAACCAACCUCUUAGCCCCGAAUGCGAGAGGCCCGGGCGUGCAGGCCGCGCUCGCUCAAGGGUCAAGAAAUGCCACGCCCAUGUCCAGCACCACCUCUCUCAAUGACUCUCCAUACCCAGCCGGACAAGCAGGCGGCAUGUCACACUCGUCUAUGACAGACAAGUUCUCACUUUCGCCAGACCCAGCUUCGUGGGGUGCUGACUUAUCCCCCAACAACCGCGAGCCAGACGACUACCUCCACAACCCAGAUCCUAGACGAGACCGAAAGAACGACCAAGGCGGAAACGUCUUCACUGCUCGUGGUAUCGCCAACCUGGGCUGUCUCGCCCUCAUCGCCCUCGGCAUCUUCGCUCUCUUUGCUGGUUAUCCUGUAGCAUCAUAUGUCACAAAACACGGUCUUUCGCUGCAAGGCGGUUUCAACAUCGGUGGGACCAACGCCUCUGGCCAGAUCCCGAGUAUGAAUGGUAACUGGGGCCUCAUUGAUCUCGAAACACCUGACUACGCCAAGACACGAAAGUCAUUCAUGGACGACACCCAAGAGCUGGUCCUCGUCUGGUCGGACGAGUUCAACGUCGACGGCCGGACAUUCUAUCCCGGCGACGACCCGUACUGGGAGGCUGUUGAUUUGCAUUACUGGCAGACCAACAACUUGGAGUGGUAUGAUCCUGCGGCUGUUACCACCAAGGAUGGCGCUCUUGAGAUCACCUUGUCCGCAAAGGAGACGCAUGAUCUGAACUAUCAGGGCGGUAUGAUCCAGACCUGGAACAAGUUUUGCUUUACCGGUGGAAUCGUCGAGACCGCUGUCACGCUUCCUGGUACGAAUAACAUCGUGGGUCUCUGGCCUGCAGUGUGGACCAUGGGCAAUCUCGGCCGUGCAGGUUUCGGUGCUUCUCUGGAGGGCAUGUGGCCGUACACAUAUGAUAGUUGUGAUGUUGGUACAGUGGCGAAUCAGUCCGUCAAUGGGCUCCCUACUGCCGCCCUGGAGAACGGUGAUGCUGGAAAUGGUGGCCUUUUGUCGUUCCUUCCUGGUCAGCGCCUCUCGCGCUGCACAUGCACAGGCGAAUCACACCCAGGUCCUAUGCACGAGGAUGGAACGUAUGUCGGAAGGUCGGCUCCUGAAAUCGAUAUUUUCGAGGCUCAGAUUACGGGAACUCCACUCACUGGCCAGGUCUCCCAAUCUGGACAGUUUGCUCCGUUCAACGCUGCUUACACCUGGCCAAACACCACCGACAAUUUGUCCAUUUACAACUCCACGAUCACCGAGCUGAACAGUUAUAAGGGUGGUGUCUACCAGCAGGCUGUCUCGGGUGUCACGCAGACAGAGCAGGGUUGUUAUGAGCUUGAGACCGGUUGUUUCGCUGUUUACGGUAUCGAGUAUAAGCCUGGUUUCGAUGACGCUUACAUCACCUGGAUCGCAUCGAACACGUCGGCGUGGACGGUUAAGGCCUCUGGCAUGGGAGCAGACACCGCAGCGGAGAUCGGGCCCCGUGCUAUACCCCAGGAGCCUUUGUACCUGCUCGCGAACUUGGGAAUGUCGACCAAUUUCGGUACCGUGGACUUGGACCACUUGACUUUCCCUGCGGUCAUGCGUAUCGAUUAUAUCCGGGUGUACCAGUACUCCGACUCGAUAAACAUCGGUUGCGAUCCUCCCGACUUCCCAACGGCGACAUACAUCAACGAGUACAUCGAGGCGUACACAAACCCGAACUUCACCACCUGGAAGGACGACUACGGACAGCCGUUCCCCAAGAACUCGUUCUUGGACCAAUGCUAGUCCAUGUCCUGAAUCCCGUCUACCGUCGUCUCGUCUCGCUCGCUUUCAUGUUGUCGCUCUCUCAUCACAAGCAUACCACAUGCACGUACGCUCGUAUGGUCCGUUGUCCGUUGUCCCCAGGGCUUCCGCUACCGUCACACGCCGCUGUAUUCCUCCUUGCUCCCGGUCCGCGCCCCUCGGUUUUGCACAUUUCUCUUUCGCGAUGUUUGAUGGUAAUGGCUUUGGGCUUUGGGCUCUGGGCUCUGAUCUUCAAUCCCCUCGCUUGCCUCCUUCUCACGUCACGCAGGACAGUUCGGUUUUUCAGCUUUUUGAGUGAUGAUCCCUAGUUAGUUUCUUGUCCCAUAGUCUUUCCUUCACUUCCUUUUUUCUUCUUCAAAUUUUUUUAGCUAUUGCUUUGUUUAAAACAACCUUCAGCGUCUUCUCCCUAGCUUAGAUUUGGUACCGAUGCCACGCACGCAUUCUUCUUGUCCUUUUUCCUUUUUGUUCGAGUUUCCUAAACACUUCAAUCCAAUUUCAAUGGAGACGUAUAUCCCCCUUUCAAUCGGUCUCGCGCCUUUUUUUCAUUUCAAUGAAUGAAUGAAUUACUUCUUCCCCGUCGAUACCUAGCCUACCCUACUUCAGUACUGAACCCGUGCAACGUACGUGACGCAUGGCCAUGGGAGCCACCAGGGUCCAGCUGGAUUGUUGUGACAUGGACCCAGCUGUAGCUCUGAAUACGAGGACUCGAGGACUUUUUUGAGCGUGAAUGUCGUGGACUUGAUGGAGGGGUCUGCAUUGCGUUUUUUUUUGUUGGAUUCGAUUGGCCACAGACUAAUUCUUGGUAACUUGCUGCAAGGCCGAG